AUGCUCCACCUCAUGGGGCUGCUGCGCAUAAGAAACAUUUUAAUACGCAUGCAGAUUUGCAUGACAACACAACUCUGGGACGAUGGGAACGCUUUUGCAGAGGAUAGACCUGAUCUGUCAAUCGGCCAGCAUGUCGAACAUCAAGGGGUUCAUGGGAACCCGGCUGCGGGACAGCUCUUCCUGCAACGAAUGCCAAGGUCCGGCGAUCACGCCCUCGAUUCGGUGAAGAAGCUGCAGGGUUGGGACGACGCGAGGAGGGUCGAAGAAUCAAACACGUUUCGAAAAACUACAAUCAGAAGUCGCGGAAAAGGAAAUGUGAAGUCCGCGUUCGCACACCAUUUGUCAAAAUCCCACCAAGAAUGUUGAAAUUCGAACAACGAAGAAGCAGAACAGGACAUCAAGCAUGGCAAUCGGUCCAAGGUAUGAAUGUGAUGUGAGGACCGAUUUACUUACUUACUUGCUGCAUGAUCACGACGACCUUGUUGAGAAAUUAUACGAAUUGAAGUAGAAGUACUUGAAAAGUUGUUGUGCACAUUAUACUCUAUUUCAUCACUGUAGUUGUUGCACUUGCAGUUUUGUACUGAAGAUUUGAUCAUAUUAGCACCACUCGCUUUCGGCUACACGCACAAAAAGAAUUUUAGGUGCUAGUAUAAUAUGUUCAUAUCUCAUGGCACUCAUCUAUUUGAUUUUGAAAUCACAUAGAAACUGAUAUCUUUUGUACCAGGCUUGUUUAAUUUUGUUUUAACUAUUUUUGAAAUUUUACAUUUACAGUAACAGUUUACAACUUUCGCAUGUUUACGUCAGCCUUUACAUUUCAGCAUUACCAAAUGAAAAUCGUUUUCUAUUCUCUAACCCCAAAUCCAAAACAAGUAAAACAUCUUUGCCUAAAAAUAACGCCCUUUCUCCAAGUUUGUGAUCUGUGAAAUUGUUUGACCGGACGAGCAGAUUAAAAGGCGCGGCAGCAACGCUGGGCCUUCGCGUUUCGUCCUCAUCUGUGAGGCUCUUUAU